GCCCCUUCAAAAAUCGAUCGGAAAAAGGUCGUUUUAAUGUUGAAAAACCCAUUGAUCAUCUCUCUCACUAAUUUGCAGUUUCUCUCUCUUACUGAAGUGCAACGCCUUACUACCCCCUCUAUCUCAUGAUCCAUUGCAGUGCACCGCCUUUCUACCCCCUAUCUCAUGAUUCCGUGCUUCUCUUCAGGCACCCGCUCCUAAAAUCCUUACUUUGCUCUCUCUAAACUCUCACCUCUCUCCCUCUUCUGCAACUAUGUUCCUCUUCAAACUCUCAUAAUGUUCUCACGCUGCAUCCUCAGACCAAAUGUUCUCCAUCUUCUAACCCUAAUAUCUGCGACACCAAAACCUAGCUUCCCCCCCCGACAUGUAAUCUCCCACCACAAAGUCUAUCAAUCUCCUGUACCCAACCUUGCGAAGCUAUUCUCAACCAAUGGAAGCAAUGGAUCAGACACUGAAAACGAAGAAGGCGAGAAGAGAAACACCAUAAACCGGUGGAGCUUUUCACCAGAAAAUGGUAGUGAAAAAUGGGAUAUUUUCAAUGAGAAGGAUGACAAUGCAGGGUUCAAGGGCCUUGCAGGCCUUGGUGGCGAGGAGGAGGAGAGAGAAAUAUCUAUUGGACUACAUAGAGAAAGUCAGGGGGUGCUAGAGAGAGAAAGUGAUGAAGGUGAAAAAUGGUUGAUUUCUGGGGUGGAAAAAGAUGGGCUUAAUGAUCUUGCAGGUUUCGGGGGUGAAGAGGAGAGAGGAAUUCAUGGUGGAAUAGAGAGAGAAAAAGGUGAGGGUCUAGAGAGAGAAAGCGAUGAAGAAGACAAAUGGUCAGUUUCAGGAGUCGAAGAAGAUAUAUUCAAAGAAGUCGACAAAGAGUUUGGAUCAAAGGGAAAAGAUGAUGAAUGGGAAACAGCAGAGGGUUUCGAGCCAUGGAGCUUUGACGAAGGGGAAGAGGGCAAGGGCAUGGAGGGAAUUUCAGAGAAAGAUGGAGUCGAAAUGGAGCCAGAGUUGAGUGAGGCUGAUAAACUUUUGGAGGAGGAGGAGAAGGGGCUAUCUGUUGUGCUCAAAGGUCCUAAUCGUGCAUUUGGAGACCUGAUUGCUGCUUCAGGAAUCACAGAGGUUAUGCUUGACAGCUUGAUUGCCCUAAAGGACUUGGAAGGCAUUGAGGGAUUACCACCUCUUAGUGAGCUUGAGGAUGCCCGCCUGGCAAACAGUGAAAGGAAAUCCCCUAGAUUUGAAAUGGAGCAACAAAAACAGGAAGAAAUAGCUAAAACCUAUGUGAGAAAAGUUGAUGAAAAAGGAAGGGCAUAUGGUACUGGAAGGAGGAAAUGUAGCAUAGCUCGUGUUUGGGUUCAACCUGGUGAUGGAAAGUUUAUUGUCAAUGACAAGCAAUUCGAUGUUUAUUUUCCAAUCCUCGACCAUCGUAUUGAUCUUCUAAAACCGUUUGUUGAGACCAAGACUUUGGGUCUUUGGGAUGUGAAGUGCACUGUGAAAGGAGGUGGUGUAUCAGGUCAAGCUGGAGCCAUUCGUCUCGGAAUAAGCAGAGCUUUGCAAAAUUGGGAACCUGGGCUCCGGUCAUAUCUUAGAUCAACUGGGCUUCUUACCAGAGACCCGCGUGUAGUGGAAAGGAAAAAGCCUGGGAAGGCCAAGGCCAGAAAGAGUUUCCAGUGGGUCAAGCGAUGAAGAAAAGAGUAUGCAGAUUGCCUCGUAUUUAUCUACCUUCAUUUUUCUUUCUCAAUCCAAUUUUGUAGCCAAAGUAUACAAUUUCAUCAUGUCAUAAUAAUUAAAAAGAAAAAGAAAAAGACAUGGUUGUGAUUUGACAUUUUUGUAGUUCUAUCAUUUAAAGGAAAAAGUUUAAGUGCGAGGCUCUAAACAAUUAAAU